UCCUCGUUAGUGUAAGUGAAGCCGCACAUCUAGAGAAAGUGUCUUUUUUGGUCUAACGAAGGAGCAAAUGAGUCGGCACUACACAAGCACAUCGCAACUGCGGUCACGGACACUUCCAAACGUGGCGGCUGUCCAGAUAUGGCACACCAUUCGCCCAGCGGACUCGGGAAGACUCGCUUUUGACUGUACUAGGACGUAUGCCCGAGCUACACACCCGAGCCACGGGGCGAUUACAAGGCGGCCAACACGCAAGCGCAAGACGCCUGCUCCCUUGCGCGGCUUGUCUCUCAUUUUACGCGACCUCCUCCCUCGUCCGCGCUACUCCACCCCCGCAGCAGAGGCACAAUCACAAGCCAGCCGACUGAAGUCGGGCAAAAAGAAAAACAAGCACGGGCGAAACGGAUUCCUAGCAGACGACGUUGUACGAUAGGGUCGGCACCCAACGCCAGCGAAGACGCGAGGCCCGCGCAGUGCAGCGGCCGCUUUCAUAUAACCUACGGGCAAGAUGCGCGACCCGACAGUGGUGGUUACAGUGCUCCUGGUGUACGCGACGACGUGUCCCCUCCCGAAAGGCGAUGCCGCUGCCGUGGCGGCGGGGUGGGCCUCCGACUACGGGCAGCCUCUGCACGAAAGAAGCCGGCGAGAAGCCACGACGAACAGACCUCCAGAACAGGCGCCGGCGAAUCCGAAAGGCCUGGACUUGAGCCCCGAUCUGUGGCACAGUGUUCCUCCGUACCUCAAACAGGUGCUGACGUCCAUCGACGACCGGUUGCGAGGCCUGGACGCCUUCGGGUCGGCGCGUCAGCUGACCAGACUCGACUUGUCGCUGGAACAAGUGCUACGCAAGCUGGAAUCCUUCGACAGCCGACUGGGUAGGCUGGAGGCCAAACUCGACGUGAGACUAGAGAAAGUCGAGGAUGCGCUCAGCGGUCGCGGAAAAGACGCCGCAUCGUCGUCACAGCAGCAGCAGCAAGGGGCCGCGGAUGCCUUCCAUCUGAGCCGCCGAUUCGACAUGCUUUCCGACAAGCUGAACAACAAGCUGUCCAUCCUGGAGGAUAAGCUGGACGUACGCACCGACCGGCUGGCAAACAAGCUGGAGCUGCUCGAGCGCGACUUGCAGGACGCCUCGGACGACGUACUCAAGAAAAUGGCUCGCGGAGACGAGGUCCGCGCGAGGCUCCAGGCGGACUUGUCGCGGUUGGCCGAAACGGCGGAGCGUGCAGACAACGCGCAACGACAGACGGCCACGGUGCUGCGCGUCGACGUGGCCGACGUCAUAAAGCGGGCCGACGCCAAGAUGGACCUGUUCAGCAACGAGAUGCUCACGGCGAACAACAUGCUACGCGCGCUGCAGCAGCAGGGGAACGCCACGCAGCAGGCGGCAUCGUCCUGCCAGGCGAUGUCGGCCGAUGCGCCCGGCUGGGAACAGGUGACUAACCUGACCGAGCUGGUCGAGAAGAUGGUGCACGUGGGCGGCGAGCAGCUGCGCGAAAUCGACCAGGACGUGGAGAGCUACACGCGCAAGGUCAUCAACGGCAUCUACGAGCUGCGACGCACCACCGAAAAGCUGCGGCAGGGCGCCCUGCAGGACACCGUGGAGCAGGGCAACCGCACCCGCGUCCUGGUGCGCGAGGAGUUCCGCAAGCUGCACGAACAGAUCGAGCCGCUGCCGCUGAUCGAACCGCGGCUCAGCUUCCUCAGCGAGGGGCUCGAGAAGCGCAUCGACGAACUGGGCGCCACGGUGGACCAGAGCUUCGCCACGCUGCUCGUGGCGCAGAACUCGUUCAUCUCGUCCUGCCACCGAAUCCAGGAGGAAGAGGUGCAGCUGUACGACUUGCUCGAGCGCAUCAUCCUCGAAAUGCGCAACCGCUCCCUGGGAGACGCGCAGCGCAUCAGCGACGAGCUCCAAGAUCACAGCCACGAGGUCGAGGCGCUCCUCAGGCGUGCGGUGAGCGCGGUAUUCGCGGCGGGCAACACGACGCUCGCGGAGGUGCGCAAACUGAUUGGCGACCGCCGGUCCGACUGCAAGGAACAGCCGUCGUCCGGCGCGUCCCCUGCUGCCGUGAUGGUGGCUACGACGCCGCUUCCAUCGCCUUCGGCCAAGACAGCGCCUUCCACCGACAGCAGGACUCGGUACAGCUCGAGCGGCGCCAGUGGCGUUGCGGCAUCAGCGGCAACGCAGGACUACGACUAUCACGACGAGACACUCAAAUAGACGGCGACAAGACUCGGUGUUAGGCUUGGUCGCGUUUACGGACGUUUGUGCCGGUACCCAUCGUCGCCACUACACAAGGAAUGACUGCUGAGUGGCGGUAAAGGUUAUCCGGUGUUAUCAGAAUGCACACGCAAGUACAGCGUGAGUAGACGCGCGCAAAGAAUCGGGAAAAGUGGGCACGUGCUACUGGACCACGUGUUUGGCACGCACAAUACUUUUGAGCGCGCAGCGAAAACGAAAUGGACAAAGAAAACGGAAAGCUGUGAUGCCUGCAACUCAAAAUAAAUUUGAUGUUAUUAUAGAGUACUGUGUUGGGGCGAAGUUUACGAAUAAUAUGUGAUGCAAGGUAAAAUUUGAUCGAAGACGCAAGGAACCGACGUGGGCCCUUCCAGUUCCACAUUUUUCUCUUUUUUUUUUGCACCACAUAUCCUUAUUCGUAAAUCACAGCUUCUUCGCAAAGAGAAUACAAUAAAUGUGUGGCUUCGACACGAAUGUUAUAGCUGUCCAAGGAAGGCCUCGAAAGAAGGCAUGUUCAGAUGGCAAAAUAUCUAGAUCACGUGGAAGAAUGACGGCACAUGCAAAGACAAAGUAUCGAGAUCUACGCAGGCGCCGUUUCAGUCCUUGCAACCAUCUCGAACGUUUCGCGCUAUAGUUGACCUAGUUAAGUCAUGCGGGAUGAUCUCUUUGGAAAUGGAUAAAAUUUCGGUAAUCGGAGUAUCGAACCGUUUUUAAACGAGGCAAGCUUCGCGAUGUUCGGCCGUCAAUCCCUGAACGUUGUCUGCGUACACGCUUAAAGGUUUCGAACGAACCUGUCGCCGUUUCCGUCACACAGACGCUCAGGAGAGCGAAAAGCGCAUGCAAGGCCCUUCUCAAGCGAGCUUCGAAGCCGCGACCACACAUGCGCGUUGGAACACGUCAGCGCGCGCUGACGUGUUCCAACGCGCAUGUGUGGUCGCGUAGAUUUUCUGCGGCGCGCGCAAUAACGCAAGCUAUGCAUACGCAUCGUUGUUGCUUUUAUAAGCAAGAGAAAUGAAACUAGUUAUUUUCUUCGAGAACUCUACUACCGGUAAUUUCGCGAUGACGGCUGCAUUACGAGAACAGAAAGUGAGGGUCAAAGUUCCAAUUUUUAAAAUUUAACGUCGGAAUAACGUCACCCGAAUGGCGGCGUGGCGUCGCGAAUUUCGAGUCUUUUCCCAUAUUUCGACCCUAACGGCUCAAUAAAAUUUUCCGAAACUUGC